AAAAUGUUUACCACAGACCUGAGCCCUUACGAGAUCAAGGGUCAGAUCGAUGGGCACCGGUGUCUCGAGUUUUGUGUUCAGCAGCGCCUGUGUGUGGCCACCGGUAUGGUGUACGACACGGUCGACAGCUCUAUGUUUUGCUACUUUUUCAAACGGUCGGACCUCAUGGACGCCAAUCUCACGGAAUACGAAAAUGUGGACCUAUUUGUCAAAGUGAUGGACGAGUCCGAGAUCCCUGGCCACCACAGUGUUCCACAGAAUAACAAGACUGGUAGUGUCACUGAAUGCAGUGAUGGUAAGCCCCUGGACUCGGAGGCCAAGGAUGAUGAAGAGGAUAUCAAAGAGUUUUCCGGUUAUAAGUCCGCCUCGAAGUCCAGGUCGGACUCAGAUGGUGGUGCCGCUGAGCGCCGGUAUUCAGCCAAUGAUUAUCCGCUGUCACCGCACGGAUACAACUAUUAUGGCGGCCCUCAGGAUGAAGAGGACAUCGAUGACAACGAAUCGGAUACACAGCCGAAGAAGUCGUACAGAAAACAGGGCUUAAGGACUGUCCGAUCGGCUGAGUAUAAGAGACAACGACUCCAAGAAUCGGAUGAUACGGAACAGGAGGUGAAGCCCACGGGAAAUGCCGUUCCGUUCAUCGAAACGGUUAAACAAAACGCCCGAAAGGAGUCAAUACUGGCGCACAUCCCGAGCAUCGCUGCGGAACUCCUAAAACGUGUCAAACAGGCUAAAGAGAGCGCCGACCUGUCGGACAGGGAUGUAGUGGCGGGCCGAGGAGGUAAUGGUGGUCAGAGGAGACCUAAACCUAAGGCACCGGUAGCUGAUCCGGACUGCGAGAACGAGUUUGAUGUGACCAUUGGCUGCAAAUCCGGUGACAAAGAUGUGUCCAAAAUGUGUACAAAUGUACCGAAAAUUAUUUAUUCCGACGGAAAAGCUAUGUCUGCGUGUAAUGAGACACUAGUGGGCGGGGAGUGUCCGAUGGUGUGUCGGGCCGGCUAUGAGCCAACUGUGCGGCGCCUGAAGUGUCAACAGUCGGGCGAUCGGAAUGUCUGGCAAAACGCGAAACUAAUUAAAUGCAAACCAAUAGAGAGUGAGUGCGAGCCAAUCACCACCGGUAGCCUCGAUAAUAAGACGUUGAUCCGUAUUAAAGCCCAAACCCAAUACCCGUCCCAAAGGGUACACUACGUGAGUGCGUACAAUACGACCCGAAAGUUGCCCCUAUUUUCGGCGUACGUACACAUGAGCGCCAAUAACGCCAAUACUACCGAUACCUCGACAACCAAUGGUACGGACACUGAGUACGUAAAGAACUCGUGCCACCAAUUGGGUGACAAUCAGUGGUCAGACAUUGACUACAAUAACAGUGAUUACAAUCUGAGACCACUUUUGCCGGUGAAGGCGUUCCGGUAUUCGCCGGAAGCUCAGAGUCUCGUGAAUAUCAUGUCUAACGUCGCCCCACAGGACCCGUUCACAUCCCGGGGCCCGUGGAUGACCAUCGAGAAUAGGACACUAGAGAUGCUUCAGAAUAGGCCGGCCGACGCCAACCCCUGA